AUGCCACUUCGAACCUAUCUAUACAAUCGAUUUAGCGCUCAAAAAUUUCGACUCAAUGGCAUUAUGCCAUCAGUUAACUUGCCAUCGAAAGAAAAUUUGCGACAGUUUUUUUCCGAUCAUAUUCUUCUUAAUGAUGACCAACUUCCACCAAAAGUUGAUCUUCGACCAGAUAUGACACCUGUUGAAAACCAAUCAAAAAUUGGUAGUUGCACGGCUAACUCACUUGCAGGAGCCUACGAAUAUUUGAUGAAAAAAGCGACUGGUUCAUAUGUCGACGUGAGCCGUUUAUUUAUUUAUUAUAACGGACGAUUUAAGAAGGAUCCGAAUGCUCCGAUAACUGAUAACGGCUGUUCAAUGACAAAAGCUAUUGAAGCAUUAGAAGAGUAUGGAACUUGUUUUGAAUCAGUUUGGCCGUACAAUAUAUCAUCUGUUAAUGUAAAACCUUCUGAUGAAGCUUAUGAACAAGCUAAAGAUUAUCAAAUAACAGAAGCGUUGAAAAUAAACAUAAAUUUAAGUGAAAUGAAAGCCUGUCUUGCACAAGGUUUUCCAUUUGCAUUUGGUUUACGAUUGUAUAAAACCUUUGAUAAAGCUGCAGCAACUGGUGUUGUACCGAUGCCAAAUGAAACUGAACAAGGUCGAACCGAACACGGCAGACAUGCGAUGUUAGCUGUCGGCUAUAGCGAUCAAUCAAGAGCAUUUAUUGUUCGAAAUUCAUGGGGAGAAAAUUGGGGUGAUAAAGGAUACUGUUAUAUUCCCUAUGAUUAUUUGACUAAUUCAGAUUUAUGCUUCGAUGCAUGGACCAUUCGUCAAGUGGAAAAUGAUGAUUUAGGUCAUGAUUAUUGGGAUCAUGAUGAUCCUAUUGAUUAUCAAAUGAAAGCAUUAGACGUUGAUGAUAAUGAUGAUGAUCAUGAAAUUCAAGAGGUUGAUGAAGACGAUGAAAGUGAUGAAAGCGAACGUGAAAACAGAGGCAGAGGGCAUGGAAGAGGAAGAGGAAGAGGCAGAGGCAGAGGCAGAGGCAGAGAAAGAAGACAUGGAGGCAGCAGUGCAUCAAGCAGCGGUUCAGAUGAUUGA